CUUUCAGUGGCAUUUUAGAAGCUGUAAUUUCACUAACUGUUUACAACUUCUUUAUUCUUUCCAUGUGACAUUUUGGUACCGAGGCUAUAGUAGCCUCAGAUACCACUGAAACUGAACUUCACGGAACGAGCUAUUUAUGGCGAUUGGACAGAAGGACUGUGCGCAAAAACGCAGCAUUAAAAACAGUGCGCCAAAACGCACCCAAACGAACAUUCAUUGGACAUGAAAAUGUUGUGUUUCACGUGCAAGAGGAACUUAACAUGUUACGCUACUGUGGUUUUGUGUUCAGUAGUGCAAAAGUUGUCAGGUGGCAACAUGUGCGUAUAGUUUAGUCCCAAGACGGGAAUUUAGGAUAGAAAUGUUGUUGUAAAACAAUAUAGUAAAUUAGUUCAAAUAUAAAAAGUGAACUUAUCAACAAUAAGUGGCGAAACAUUGUAAAUUGUAGAAAAUAGUAUGAUAAUUUAAUAUUGUGGUUUGUGCAAAUUCAACGUAUUUUGUUUUCUACAUGCAUGUCCAGUGUAUUAUAAAAAUUUAUUCUCAUGUACGUGUUUAUGUUGCGCUACAACUAUCCCUCGUAAGGUUUCAAAUUCCCCCUCUGCGCAUGCGCACGGGAGCCCCCUUUUUACCCAUAAGCCCCGUGUCUCUCCAUUCCUCUCCCAAAGCUAGAAGGACAACAACACUCGCUACAAAAUUGCCAUAAUACCUUUAUUGUGAUCAACUGCCGCUUGCACAGACCACCUCCUGCAUGUCAGCAAGGUACCUAAAACACCGACAAUGGCACCGAAACGGACGUCAAGGAGAACCAGGGCAGCUGUUCCUGUCGAAAAUGUUUCAUCCGCAACAAGUGGAACUUCCGACAACAGUCGCCAUGUUGGGUCACAGGUCAGAGCGAGUGCGACAGGCAGAGCCGUCCCUUACGAGACAACAGUUGACCUGAGACAGAGGCUGCGCUCCUUAGGUAUCACAGUGCCUGCAUCGUGGGGAAGAAAGACGAUCCUACAACUGUACAAGGAAAACUUUAACGAGAACCACACGGUCAGUGGAGGGGCCAGCGCUGUUCAACAUUCCUCCCCCGUUUCGGCAUUGUCGUCUGUACAUGCUGUUCCUUCCUGUGACGUUACUCCCCAGUAUGUAAACAGCGGGAAUUCUGACAGCUCUACUAGCAUUCCGGCAACAGUGACAACAGCAAGCAACCAGUUAUCGUCAGCAAAUGUGGAAUUGGUGGGAGUCAUGCGGGAAAUGAGGGACAUGAUGACAUCCCUCACCCAACGUCUAUCCUCUGGAGCUCCCAGUGGAGAAAACAUAGCCUGGCCUACAUCACAGACAAAUCCAACGCAAUGUGUUCUGUCAGAUUCCGUGCCCCAUGUCAACUUUGUUGACGAAAGUACAAGGCGUAAAAUUCACCAAGAUUGCCAGAUUUCGGAAACUUGCUCCACAUGCGGCACCACAAGCAACACCAUGUCCACAACACUCACAGUUGAUAUGGGUCUGGCAAGACACCUAGACACUCUAUGGGAUGCUGCAGUGGCGGCCAGAACCAAGACCACCUAUGCUUCUGGCUUUCAGUCAUACGUUGCCUUUCUCCUGAGAUAUAGCCUGUACUCUACAUGCUCAAGCCUCACAUGGGCAGCACAAGGUCUGCCACCAGUUAAUUGGCACUUCUGCAACAAUAUGUGGCCUUUUGUUUCGGUGAGGCAAAACUACAGUAUGUCACUGUCAAAUCCUAUCUCGCGGGUAUUCGGUUUACCUAUCUGAAGGCAGGUGUACAUACAGUGUUCGAUUCAGUGUCUACUGGUGGUCUAAAUCAGCUACGAACCCUACUUCAUGGAUACAAGAAGCUACAACAACAGGGUGUGCCCAAACGCUUACCCAUAACCUACGAUGUUUUGAAGAAGAUUGUGUGUACACUACGCAAAGGGGUGCUCGGACCUCUCAAUGAUCUGGUAAUGGAGGUCAUGUGCACCACUGCCUUCUUUGGUUUUCUACGAUGUGCCGAGUUCACAUGUUCUCGUGACUUCGAUGCUAGUACCAAUUUAAGUCUAUCUGAUGUCACCAUCGACCAUAAUACAGGAAAGUGUACUCUCGUGCUCAAAGCUUCAAAGACAGAUAUUUUUAGACAGGGCGUAGUCAUUACCUUGUUUGCCAACCAAUCUCCCAUUUGCCCUUUUGCCAAUUUGAACCGCUUAAAGCAAGUAAGACUAUAACAUGGUGCUAGGGACAGUGAUCCUCUGUUUGUUGACUGUGUUGGAAAAGCCAUAUCCCGUACCAUGUUCCUGCAAUGGCUCAACAUGACCAUGAAACAUGCACACCUUGACGCAGCUAAAUACUCUGGACACUCUUUUCGCAUAGGGGCAGCGACCUCCGCUGCAACUGUUCGUAUGGAAGAUCACCUCAUAAAAACACUGGGCAGGUGGCAGUCAGACUGUUUUACACGUUAUAUUCGGACCCCAGAGGACGUUAUUAAGAAUGCUCAGUUGUCUUUAAUUUCUUGUCCAUAAUACCCAGUACAGGGACAUCUCUGAUCAGCUGCGUUGAAUUGGUUGUGUUGGUCAUUCCUUUUGUACGAUGUUGAUGUAUCUUGUGAUCCCUCUCUAUAUUGUUGCACACAAUGUACCUUCCUUACCACACCUAGCACAACUUGGGGGCACUCACUCUUGUAAGGGGGUACCCUUCCAAUCACUUGCUUUGGGCUAUUUCCACUCAUCUAGAGUGUCCUUUUCUCCCCCAAGUCCAAACCAGAGCUCAGGUCGCAGCCCCGGUCCGCAGACCACCGUCCGAGCCGCCACAGCGGCCCCAGGACCCUCGCCUAGCUCUCGGUCGUCCCUCUCCUUGUAAAUAAGCUAGCACCAAAGGUCCGCAGACCACCGUCCGAGCCGCCACAGCGGCCCCAGGACCCUCGCCUAGCUCUCGGUCGUCCCUCUCCUUGUAAAUAAGCUAGCACCAAAGGUCCGCAGACCACCGUCCGAGCCGCCGCAGCGGCCCCAGGACCCUCGCUUAGCUCUCGGUCGUCCCUCUCCUUGUAAAUAAGCUAGCACCAGAGCUCAGGUUGCAGCCCCGGUCCGCAGACCACCGUCCAAGCCUCAUAGCGGCUCCAGGACAGCACCUAGCUCUCGAUCAGCCCUCCUCUGUGAUAAAAUCAGUCAGCUCCCAAGUUCGUGCCAAAACCAUUAUAUGUAUGUGUUUGUUAUAAUGUACAUUAAAUAUUUUUGCAUUCUACCUCAUUGCUUGUUGUGUUUGCACAAAAUGAUAAUUUAAUAUUGUGGUUUGUGCAAAUUCAACGUAUUUUGUUUUCUACAUGCAUGUCCAGUGUAUUAUAAAAAUUUAUUCUCAUGUACGUGUUUAUGUUGCGCUACAACUAUCCCUCGUAAGGUUUCAAAUUCCCCCUCUGCGCAUGCGCACGGGAGCCCCCUUUUUACCCAUAAGCCCCGUGUCUCUCCAUUCCUCUCCCAAAGCUAGAAGGACAACAACACUCGCUACAAAAUUGCCAUACCCGCCAGCCCACCCUCUCUUCACCGGCUUAGGUGCUCACCUUUGUACCAUUUUGCUGCUGCUUUGUAAAUAUGUACAGUUUUCAAUUUUGCCUUUUAUUGUCAGGGGCUGACUGAUUGGCCUAUCAUUGGCCAGGCUAUUUCCACUCAUCUAGAGUGUCCUUUUCUCCCCCAAGUCCAAACCAGAGCUCAGGUCGCAGCCCCGGUCCGCAGACCACCGUCCGAGCCGCCGCAGCGGCCCCAGGACCCUCGCCUAGCUCUCGGUCGUCCCUCUCCUUGUAAAUAAGCUAGCACCAAAGGUCCGCAGACCACCGUCCGAGCCGCCGCAGCGGCCCCAGGACCCUCGCUUAGCUCUCGGUCGUCCCUCUCCUUGUAAAUAAGCUAGCACCAGAGCUCAGGUUGCAGCCCCGGUCCGCAGACCACCGUCCAAGCCUCAUAGCGGCUCCAGGACAGCACCUAGCUCUCGAUCAGCCCUCCUCUGUGAUAAAAUCAGUCAGCUCCCAAGUUCGUGCCAAAACCAUUAUAUGUAUGUGUUUGUUAUAAUGUACAUUAAAUAUUUUUGCAUUCUA